AUCAAAAGGGAAUUUAAUACAAAGACAGAAAUAUUUUGAGAUGGUGAUCUCAUAUUUAUUUAUUGUUAACUACAGUAUUUGUGGCGGAAACUGUAGUUACAGUGAUGAAUUAAUAAUAAGAAAACGACAUGAUUUUCUAUUGAAAUGCUGCAAAUAAAUGCUAAAUAGGCUUUUAAAUAAACCACCAGAGAUGAUACGCUAAAACUGUCGUGAUUUUAAUUGAAAACUAAAUAAUGUAUAACAAUAUAUAUUAGUACAUAUACUGUAAAGAUAUUAAUCCAAUUCUAUGUUUAUAUAAAAACCGUGUUUCCUAAAUCCUUCUCCAUGAAUGGCCUCUUGACGUCGCUCACACGUCCACGCACGUGACGUCACGUCCAUUCACGCGCAGAUUUGACGGGAAUUACUCGACUUCCGGUCGAGGAGCAACACAAGAGACUUCCCUGCGGCAGCGGAGCGGAGAGAGACACAAUAACAAAGCCAUGGGAGAAAUGUCCGGCUUCGAGAACAGACUGCAGUCGUACUCUUCCACACAGCUGCACGAACUGCUGGAGGACGAUGACAAGCUCCGGAGAAUGGUCAGGGAGAUGGACGAGAUGCAGGACAUACAGCAGAAUAAAGAGCUGACGAUCGCCAGUAACCGCAGUCUGGCGGAGCAGAACCUGAGCCUGCAGCCUGAAAUGGACCAUCAGAAGAUCCAGCUGACCAAACGCUACUGCUGUUUACAAGAUCUGCACGAGUCCUACCAGCUCCGCAGGUCCACGCUAGGUAACAGUUCACUUGACACAUUGUUGGCUCUUUUGCAAACCGAGGGAGCCAAGAUCGAAGAAGAAACGGAGAACAUGGCCGAUUCAUUCUUGGACGGAUCCUUGCCCCUGGACAGCUUUAUUGAUGACUACCAGAGCAAGAGGAAGCUGGCACAUCUGAGGCGUGUGAAGAUCGAUAAGCUACAGGAGAUGGUGCUGAAGGGUGUUCAACUUCCUCAGGGUUCCUCUACUGAUCCUUCACAACCUCAGGAGACCCAUAACUCCACCGCACCUUUCCAAAGGCUAGCUAAUGGUUCUCCAGCUCACGCAAGACCAGCACCAACAUCUCAACCAUCAGCAAUGCCUUACAACCCUCAGAGCAUCGGUGCUCCUCUGCCAAACAUGGUGCCAUCAUAUUCAUGUCCCUACCCACAAGCACUCCCUCAAGGGCCCAGCGCUGGUCUUCCCCCACGGGCAGGUUUUAUAAUGCAAUGA